AUGACGCUUUCUAUACCCAAUGGUGACGGACUAGCAGUGUUAAAUAGCCUUGAAGUUUCGAACUUGGUUGCUCUCUUCCUCAAGCAGCAAAGCAGAAAGCCAGAAACUGUUGGUUACACUCUGGGUUCAAUUUCUGGGUUUUCACUUACAUUCUGGGUUUCAGUCUUCAAGCUUGGUUUCAUGCACUCUGAACCAGGUUAUCAAUAUGAUCCUGCGCAAUCAAAGAUUGCAUUUGUUAUGUUCAAGGAUGCCAAAGCUCUUGAAAUCGCACUCUUGUUAUCGCAAUUGGUGGAAAGUGCUGUUUGUGCUGCCCCUGCUGAAAGUGUUUCACCAAAUGUUGAGGAUAAAGAUGGCUCUCCUAACAAUGGAAGGGUGUAUGUAAAUAGAGCUCAAGAUGUAGUGUCUAGUAUGUUUGCAAAAGGUUCAGCAAUUGGACAAGAUGCCGUGAACAAGGCUAAAGCAUUUGAUGAAAAGCAUCGGUUGAGAGAAAGUGCAUCUGAGAAAGUAACUUCCUUUGACAAGAGAGUGGGGCUCACAAAGAAAUUUACAGUAGGCUUUUCAGUGGUUAACGAGAAAGUGAAGUCUGUUGAUCAAAGACUUCAGGUCUCAAAUAAAACAAUGGCAGCAAUAUUUGCAGCAGAGAGAAAAUUAAAUGAUACUGGAUCAACUGUCAAAACAAGCAGGUAUGUGACUGUGGGAGCAGCUUGGUUCAAUGGUGCUUUUAGCAAGGUGGCAAAGGCAGGGCAGGCUGCAGGUACGAAAACCAGAGAAAAGUUCCAUAUGGUUGUGUCAAACUUGACUGCAAAGUUUUCAGCAAUUGGUUGGUUAAGAUUUUUCUAUAUUGCUUUUGCCUUGUUAUAUUUCGCUUUAUUGCUGGUUAGCUUUGUUGCGUAUGCUGGUAAUGCUUACAAACUUUGGCUACAUGAAGAAAAGAAGGGGGAAGAAAGGGAAGGAGAAGGGAGAGGUGUAGAGAUUGGGUCUCUCAAGGGCUACGACACGAGUUAUUGGGAAGACAAGGAGAAAGUGUUCAGCGAAGUUCGAUUUGUUGUUCAAGGAGGGUUGUGUUAG